AUGAGUGCUAUGAGGACACAAUUACUUAUUGUCGCUUGUGUGAACAUAGGUCAAUUCAUAGAUGGAUAUAGCGUGGGCUGGUCCGCUCCGAUUAUACCGAAACUACAAGAUUUGAGUCAAAGCCCAUUGAAAGAGGUCAUUACAGAUUUACAGGUAUCCUGGAUAGGUUCGCUCUUGUAUUUGGGAUCUAUUGUUGGUCCCUACAUACCCAGUUACCUAUCAAAUAUAGUGGGAAGAAAACCAUGCCUAUUAUUUGGUGGAAUUUUGAACUUGACGUCGAUUAUACUUAUCGUUACAACGAAAAAUAUAGCAAUGAUUUUCGCUAUACGAAUCAUAAGCGGACUCGGUAUGGGAAUGGUGACUGUUAGUAACUUGGUAUACGUAGGAGAAAUAGCAUCCACAAACAUUCGUGGUAUUCUGCUAACUUCUACAUCAAUAGUGGGAAUUUCUGGUACUCUAGCUGCCUACUGUGUCGGUCCGUUUGUCUCCUAUAAAAUGACGGGCUAUUUCGUCCUACUUAUUAACAUAGUACAUGUUAUAGGUAUAUAUUUCAUCCCGGAAUCGCCUGUUUAUUAUGCGAUAAAAGGUAAGGAAAUAGAAGCGAAAAACACACUUAGAUCCUUAGGCAGAGUUGAAGAUCUAGAAAGCAUAUUUGAAUCAGUGAGAGGCACGAAUCCAGACGAAGCGAGAAGCUGGAAAGCCUGGAUUAAGAUAUUUACAGUCAAGGCGAACAGACGAAGCCUGGGAAUAACACUAACUUUGUGCACAUUGCAGCAGACUAGUGGUGUAGCGGCCGUUUUAUUUUUUGCAACAACUAUCUUUCAGGUGGCUGGAUCGUCUAUAAGGCCUGACAUAGCUACAAUAGUAAUAGGCAGCACAAGGCUAGUAGCUAGUAUGAUCGCCCCUUUUGUUGUCGAACGAGCUGGUAGAAGAAUAUUACUACUUGUAUCAACGGCAUUUUGUGCUUGUAGCCUGUCAAUUCUUGGAACCUACUUUCACUUGGCAAGACUUCAGAGUUCUAUUAUAUCAGAGAUUGGUUGGCUGCCUUUGCUAUCACUUAUUAUGUAUUUCUUCUCAUAUGAAAUAGGUUUUGGAACUAUGCCGAGCGCUUUGGUCGGUGAGAUGUUUCGAGGUAAUGCCCGUAGCACGGGUUCAGCGGUUUCCAUGACAACCGCGUGGCUUAUUGGUUUCGGUGUGGCCACUAGUUUUGGUUCCAUGGUGAAGAUCCUGGGCGGUGAUGUCACUUUCUGGAUAUUUUCCUGCUCCUGUCUGGUCGCGUUUAUGUUUACCUUAAAGUGUGUGCCAGAAACGAAGGGAAAGAGUUUGAAUGAAAUACAAGAAAUGCUGAGUAGAUAG